AUGCCAAAUCAAUAUAAACAAUAUUCACGAUCGUAUUAUCCAUAUUCUAAACUGACAUUGUCAUGUUUAGUAACUUUCAUCAUAUUUAUUCAAGCUCCAAUGAUUAUCGUUGCUCAAGCAAACCAAUAUCAAUCGGUGAUUGCAUCAAAUAAUAAUAAUAAUAAUGCUCGCUCAAGUUCUACAGCUAUAAAUACAGAUGAGGCAUACCCUGAUGGCGCAUCUGAUAUAUACGAUGAUACUGAAGAUUUUGAAGAAAUCCCAUCACCACCAGUCACAUCGCCUGUUGCACAAUUAAAAUUCACUCCCAAUAUAACAUCAAAUCGACCUGUACAACCAGAAGAAGCUGAGAAUAAUGAAUACGAAGAUGAACCUGAUUCAUAUCAAAAUUAUUUAAAUGAGGAUACUAUUGACGAUGAAACAACUAAACAAGAUGGUUCCCAACUAUUCAGUGAUACAAUAUCUAUGAAUCCGCUGGAGAUUAAACCGCCUAUAAUAGAUUCGAAUAAUAAAAAGAAUCUUGAUCAAUCAUCUACAUCUCGAAUGCCAUUUGUACCGGCAAAUCUAUGGCGUGAGCUCUUUUCAAGACCGGGCAUACUCGUUGGUAUUAUUGGUGGUAUUGUCAUUGGAAUGCUAUCGGCUAUACUACUUGUGAUGUUUAUAAUCUAUCGCAUGCGUAAAAAAGAUGAAGGUUCCUAUGCGUUAGAAGAAGGACCACGAAAAUCUCCGUCACAUGCCUAUACGCGUGUAUCAUCAAGAGAGUUUUUUGCUUAG